AAAACAAUGGAGUGUGAAUUUCCCAUUUCUCUCCUAUUUGUAAGAAAAACCCAUUAAAUACUUGAAUAUGAGAUCAAAUUUUAGUACUUAAGUGAUCAGUUUCGACUGCAGUAGUGACAUAAGGUAGCGAAAACAAAAGUCAACAGUAGACAACCCCUAAAAGUAGCAAAGCAAAAAAAAAUAAAUAAUUAGCGAGGAAAACAAAAAAAAAAUUAAAAAAUGGAUGCAAUACGAACGAGGACGAUGGAUAUUCUGCCAAUACUCCAAGAACGCGUUGCCAUCUUAUGCGGCAGGGAUCUUAAUAAUAAGCCAAUUGUGUGUUUUCCUGCAACGUCAAAGCGUGAACGGAUGAAACCGGAAGACUUGCGUAGACUCAUUACGUAUCUAACAAGUAUACCAAGUGCCGAAGUAAAGUCGCAAGGUUUCACAUUCCUGAUAGAUAUGCGUAGCAAUAGCAAUACUGCCGCCACAACAAAAGCCAUUCUCAAAGUGUUGCAAGAACAUGUCGGACCCGAAUUAGUAUCUCACGUGAUCAUCAUUAAAUCCGAUAAUUUUUGGCAUAAACAACGUGCGGCAAUUACCAGCAGUCAUAAAUACAAAUUUGAGAUUUCAUCGAUUUCCAUCGAGGCAUUGCGAAAGUACAUCGACGCAUCGCAGGUGACAUCGGAAUUUGAUGGUUUUCUGCAUUACGACAAUAACCAAUGGAUAGAUUUGCGCUUGUCGCUCGAGGAUUUCAUGGAGAAGACGUUGGAUGUGCUCGACAAAGUCGACGAUUUGCAGGAGGAUAUUUCGAGUGCAGAUGUCGCGGAAGAUUCGGGCGGCGCAAAACAUCGCGUCGACAAUCACAACGCCAUGAAACACAAAAUCCUCAAGUUGCCAAUUGACGAACUGGAGCUCCUGAGUCAAAAACUCAUCCAUAAGCUGACGAAUUCGGGGCGACAAGACGACGCAGCAAGUGCUUCGAAUGCUCCGAGCGGCGGGGGAGGGGGCGGGAACGCAAGUAAAGAUGCAAAUCCCGAUAUCGCAGCGUCGCUAAAUCAAGUUUUGCAACAACUCGACUCUGUGCGAAAUGCUCAGCAGCAACUUUUGAACAUGUGGCAACACAAAAAAAUCAAAUUAGAUCAGUGCUUCCAACUCCGCUUGUUCGAACAGGAUUGCGAAAAGAUGUUUGACUGGAUUUUGCACAAUCGCGAUGUUUUUCAGGACACCUACGUCGAAAUUGGGAACGAUUAUCGCAUGGCAAAGUCACUGCAAGAGGAACAUCAACGCUUCAACAUGACCUCGAUGAAUGUUUGUGUCAACAUCAAUCGGAUACUCGCAGUUGCCAAUCGACUUAUCGAAGGCAAUCAUUAUGCGGCGUCGCAUAUUCGCACGUUAGCUAGUCGUUUGGAUAAGGUAUGGAAGGAUUUUGCGGCGGCGCUUGACGAAAGAACGCAAUUGUUGCAAAUUAGCGUCGUUUUUCAUCACAAAGCAGAGCAAUAUAACAAUAGUGUGGCUUCGUGGGCAGCUGCUUGUGAGGCAUCGUCAAUACCAACGCCAUCUGAUGUCGAAAGUCUCGAAACGGCGAUCAGAACGCAUCAGUCGUUGUACGAAGCGAUGUGUCAGGCAUAUACAGAAGUUCACUCAACCAGCAAAAAGCUCCUGUACCAACUUGACCAUCUCGUACAAGUGUGCAAUCAACCCUUGAAUGCCGACCUGAAAAUUGGUUCGCGCGAAGGCAAAAAGAACAGCACGAAUCCCGCAGCGGACUACAGCGAAGGAGCCUCCCACGUCUUGACUGUGAUCCAUCAAAUUUUGGGACAUCAUCGCGUUCUCGAAAGCAAAUGGCACACGGAAAAGUUGCGACUUCAUCAAAAACUUGCUUUGCGAUUAUUUCAAGAAGAUGUCAAACAAGUUUUGGAUUGGCUGCAAAAUCACGGCGAAGUGUUUUUACGCAAAAACAAGGGAAUUGGAAGAAAUUUACAAAAAGCGAGGAUUUAUCAAACGAGUCACGAGCACUUUGAGAAUGUCGCCCAAAACACGUAUCGCAAUGCGGAAAAGCUCCUUGCCGCUGCCGAAGAAUUGGCGCAAUCGGGCGAAGUUGCGCCGCAGGAAAUUUACAACGUCGCCCAAGAGUUGGAGAGUCAAGUGACGUCAUUUGCGGAACGAGUCGAGCAGAGAAGAAGACAUUUGGAUCUCGCUGUGUUAUUUUAUUCGCACGAAAAGGACAUCAGCGGAUGGAUCGAGCAACUUCACUUGGAUUUGACGAACGACGAAACGAUGCUGAUGAACGAACAUCUCGAAGGCACGGAACGUCUGCUCGAAACGUGCAAGCAACAAGAAGAAAGCACGCUAAAAACUUGCAUGCAAACGCAGGCGCAAGGAGAAGCUCUUAUCGCCGAACUAAGUUUGCAAGAAGGCGACGAAUCAACAACUUCCAUCAAUUCCAUCCAAGUAGCGCUCGAUCGUCUUGCGAAAACGCGAAUCGAACUCGAAAAUCUCUGGGGCAUGAGAAAAGUUCGCAUCGACUUGUACUUGAGACUUCGAAUUUUUGAACGAGAUGCCCUUGAAGUUUCGAGUCAGCUUGAAAUGUGGGCCGAAGAGCUGCAACAUGCGGAUCACACGACGCGCGACAUCCAAAAAUCCGAACAAAUUUUGCGGUUGCACAACGAAACCGUGAAUCAGAUGCAAACGACAACGUUUCAAAUGAUCCAGCAAGGACAGGACUUGAUUCAGGUCUUUGAGUCGUCGGGACUCAUAAUUAUGGCGGAUGCCACUCACAAUAAUGCUCAAUCACGAAUCUCUUAUUUGCUCGAGUUUUUGCAUGAUCGCGAAGAGGAUUUGGAACAACUAGCUGAAUGUAAGAGAGUGAAACUCGAACAAUCGAUGCAAUUGUGUCACUUUCAGAAUGACGCCAAUCAAGUCAUUUCGUGGAUUAAAAAUGGCGAAGCGAUGCUCCUUUCCAGUUUUGCGAUUCCCAAUAGUUUGCAGGACGCCGAAAAACUCCGCAACGAACACGAACAAUUCCAAAUCGCCAUCGAACGCACUCACACGUCAGCUGUUCAGGUCAAAUAUCGCGCCGACACCCUUAUCAACGCCAACCAUUACGACCCGCAAUCAAUCCGAGAUAUCGCCGACGAUGUCACAAAAAAUUGGCAACAACUCGUAACGAGCGCCGAAGAAAGACACAAACUCGUGACAGCCUCCUUGAACUUUUACAAGACCGCGGAUCAAGUUUGCAGCGUUUUGGACAGUCUCGAGAAGGAAUAUCGACGUAGCGAGGAUUGGUGCGGGGGCGGCGGCUCAUCAGACAAGGCAAAUUUAAUAACGCAACUCAUUACGAAGCAUCAGGAGCAAAAAGAGGCUUUUUUGAAGGCUUGCACAUUGGCACGUCGCACGGCGGAAACGUUCCUUAAAUACACAUCGCGAUCGGCGCAAUUGAAUCACAUGAACGCGAUGGCAAAUGGAAGCGAGCCGCGAGUGAAGAUGAUUCUGGAUAAAUUAUUGAUGCAAGAAAAUCAGGUUUUGGAGUAUUGGACCAUCCGGAAAAAGCACUUGGAUCAGUGUCAACAGUUCAUUUUGUUCGAAAAAUCGGCAAAACAGGCGAUUGAGUGGAUUCAUGACACGGGCGAAGCUUAUUUAUCGUCGCGGGUGAACAAAGCUUGCAAUAGUGCCGAAGACAAAGAGCAACUUUUGAAGGAACACAACGAUUUUAAAGGCACCGAGAAGGAACAUCGCGAACACGUCAAACUCCUGAUUCAAAUGAGCGACAGUUUGGUCGAGAAAGGACAUGCUCACGCCGCCGCCAUUAAACAGUGGGUUUCGACCGUAGACAAUAAAUACAAAGAUUUCAGCAAUCGCAUGACGGCGUACAAAAACUCCCUCGAAGAAUCUCUCGGACUCCCGACGAAAAUCGAGACCGAAGCAAAUUCAACCUCGAAAUCCAUGCAUCUCGAAUACCGCAUGUCAGACUCGAAUUUGGAGAAUAAAAUCGCUGCCAGCGAAGCCACAAAAGAAAUUAACGAAGAAAAACGCAAAUCAGCUCGCAGAAAAGAAUUCAUCAUGGCCGAGUUGCUCCAAACGGAACGUGCGUACGUCAAAGAUGUCGAAACUUGUAUCAAAGUAUUUUUGUACGAGCUCCGGAACGGAAAUAACGUUCCAAAUAGCUUAAUUGACAAAGAAGCUGCUAUUUUUGGUAAUUUAGAGGAAAUUUACAAAUUUCACAAUGAAAUAUUUUUACGCGAACUCGAAAAAUACGAAACAAUGGCGGAAGACGUCGGGCAUUGUUUCGUCACGUGGGCCUCCAAAUUUGACAUGUACGUUUUUUAUUGUCAAAAUAAGCCGACCUCCAACACGACAAUGAUCCAAUUUGGCGGCACGUAUUUUGAGGAAGUGCAACGGAAGUAUAAACUCGAGCAUGCGUUGCCGGCAUAUUUGAUUAAACCGGUGCAGAGGAUUACGAAGUACCAGUUGCUGUUGAAGGAUUUGCAGUCGUGCUGCGAUGAGGGCAGGGGCGAAAUUAAGGAUGGUUUGGAGGUUAUGCUGAAUGUACCUAAGAAAGCUAAUGAUGUAAUGCAUUUAUCUUUGCUUGAACAAUGUGAUGUUAAUGUAAAUAGUUUAGGUGACGUUAUUUUACAAGAAACUUUUCUUGCAUGGGACAAUAAACAAAUUAUUCGUAAGGGACGCGAACGUCAUGUAUUUUUAUUCGAAUUGUACAUACUUUUUGCAAAAGAAGUCAAAGACACCAAUGGUACUGCAAAGUACAUCUAUAAAAGUAAAUUACUAACAUCUGAACUCGGCGUCACGGAGCACAUCGAGGGCGACGAAUGCAAAUUCGCCAUUUGGACCGGCAGAGCACCCAUGAUAUCGGAUUGUCGCAUCGUAAUGCGCGCCAAUAGCAUCGAAACGAAACACACGUGGGUGAAGAAGCUCCGUCAAGUCAUUCAGGAAACGUAUUUCAGUUCGUCGACGCUUAAUAAUUUGAUUAAAUCGCCGGCAAAAGCGACAACGCAAGCGGGUAAUAAGAACGUUGGGCAACGAUUGUCGAAGGAUACGACGGAAGAUAAUGUGAUGUGUGAGCCAGAUCAGGAUAUUCACUCGUUGGCGAGCUUUGGCAGCGGAAACACGACGGAUAGUGAGAAGGCGCCAGUUCAGGACACAACUUGGGUGAUAUCGGAUUACGCGGCGCAAAAUGCCUGCGAUUUGUCCGUGACGAAGGGACAACAAGUCGAAAUCGUCAAUACCGAAUGCCAGGGAGCGCCCGAUUUUUGUUUGGUGCGAAUUUUGGGCGGCAAAGAGGCAACGCAGGCAUCCAGCCCGAGCGAUGCGGGAUCCACGCUCGAAGGUUUAGUUCCUGUUUCAAUUUUGAAACCUUUUCCGCCGCAACGACGCAUCGCCAGUGACGCGGAUUCCGUUGCGACAUCCGGCACAGAUGUGAAUUGUGAUUCAGCACUGACAAAUCAAUCGCCAGCCAACAAGCGAAAGGGAUUUAGCGGCAAAAAACUCUUCCUACCAUUCCGUUCAAAGCCAAACAAAGAAAAAUUACCUGAGAAGGUUCUGCCGAAGAAGCCUGAGAAGCUCAAAAAGCCCGAACCAGAAAUCCUUCCACAAGACGUCGAAGCGGAGGAAGAACAACCGCUCGAGUUGCCGCCGCCCAUGAAAGAGCUCCAAAAUCCAACGGAAGUCGUUUCGUCAGCAGCUGCCAACAACACGACGCCCAAAGUCGAUUACAGCGAACCGACAAAGGAGGCAAGUUUUGGCAAUUCGUUGACGUCACAGAACGAGAAAAAGCUCGAUUUGGCGGAAAUUGAACAAAUAGUUAAGGAAAAUAAGGAAAAACAUGAACAAUCAUCGUCAGCUGCUGCUGCAAACAGAAACGAUGGACUGAAAUUGUCACCAGAAAUCUCAGAUGUAGACAAUAGUGAAGAGAAUCCAUUUGAUCCGAGUCUCGUAGAGGAAGUACUCAAGAAACGCUUAUUUGUCUUAAGAGAACUAGUCACAUCUGAGGAAAAUUACGUCCAAGAUUUAUCGCUUAUUGUAAACGGGUAUAUUGCUGAGAUACGAAAUCCAGAUAGUACAAUUUUAAUGCCGGAUGACUUGAAGGGCGGCAAAGAUCGCAUGGUAUUUGGAAAUAUUGAAGCAAUUUAUGAAUGGCACAGAGACUACUUUUUAAAACAUUUACAAAAUUGUAUUGAAAAUCCGAGAGAAUUGGGACCGCUUAUCAAACGAAGUGAACGAAAGCUGCACAUGUACGUCGUUUACUGUCAAAAUAAGCCCGUCUCAGAGCACAUUGUCUCGGAACACAUGAAUUAUUUUGAUGAAAUACGUAAUAAGUUAGGACAUAAAUUAGUACUAUGUGAUUUGCUUAUAAAGCCAGUUCAGAGAAUAAUGAAAUAUGAAUUAUUGUUAAAAGACAUUCUCAAGUAUACAAAGCGUGCUAAUAUCGAUGAUGAGUAUUUGAAGGAUGCGUGUGAAGUGAUGCGAGUGAUACCAAAGUCAGCGAAUGACAUGAUGGAUGUCGGGCGGUUGCAACGUUUUGAGGGUAAAAUAACGGCACAAGGUCGCCUGUUGCUCCAUGGCCCGAUCGUGUGUGUCGACAAUACGCCAAAUUUAGACAAAAACUCGAGUUUAGUGCAGAAGCCACGUGAAUUGCAAGUGUUCCUCUUCGAGCAAAACAUGAUUUUCUCCGAUAUUGUCGGCAAAAAGACGCAAUUUACGAAUCCAUCCUACAUUUACAAGACACACAUUCAGCUGAACAAAAUGUCACUGGAAGAUAGCUCAUCACCGUCAACGGGUGUCUACAAAUUUACCGUUUGCUCAACCGAUCCAAAUCGACAGGGACUCAGUUUUGCCUGCAUGCCAACGACGUACGAGCAACACAAAGAGUGGGUCGACAGCAUCCGGAGUCUGCUGCAGACGCAAAAUGACUUCCUGAAGCGAAUACAGAACCCGCUGUUGUAUCAGCAGAACAAACAUUGAUCCGCUGCCGCACCAUCCUUCGAAUCCCAUCAACAAAACUGAGACACGAGAGCAUGUCUCGCGCAAUAAUUUUACGUUUUCUGACAAAAAAUAUUUACGAGAAUGACGAGUUUGGAACCAAAUUAUUAUUAACAGAUAAGGAACAACACAUAUUUGAACGUGAUUUAUGUAUAAACAAGAAAAAAAUUAGUAUAAUAACAAGUACCUAUCAUCCUUUUAAUCCUGCAUCACACACAAGCUUAUUAUUAUAUUAUUAUUAAAAAUUUACAAUUUAGUCGAGUCAAAAAGUGUCGAACGCACUUUAAACGGAAACAACAUGAAUUUGAUAAGAAAAAGUUUAAAAUUGUAAUAAAAUUCAAAAGCAACCUCUUACUCAUUAUAAUUAAUUAAAAAUAUUAUAAAGUAAUGCUAUUAUUAAAAAAAAACUAUUA